AUGUCUGGCUCCUCCCAAGUGUACCGUGCAAGCACGACUGCUCCAGUCAACAUUGCGGUGAUCAAGUACUGGGGUAAAAGAGAUACAGCUCUUAAUUUGCCCACCAAUUCCUCACUGUCGGUCACGUUGUCGCAGAAAUCCUUACGGACACAUACGACAGCAUCAUGUUCGGAAUCCUUCAGUGGUCCUGACUCUCUUAUUCUCAACAACGAGCCCGAAGACAUUCAGUCCUCCAAACGAACGCAAGCAUGUCUGAAACACCUCCGGUCACUACGGGAACAACUAGAAGCAAAAGAUGCAUCUCUGCCUAAAUUGUCCAAGUUGACUCUACGCAUUGUCUCGUCCAACAACUUCCCUACAGCCGCCGGUCUCGCUUCUUCGGCAGCAGGGUUCGCAGCGCUAGUCAGAGCGAUUGCUGACCUUUACGAAUUGCCUCAAACACCGCAAGAGCUAUCUUUGAUCGCAAGGCAGGGGUCCGGGUCAGCAUGCAGAAGUCUAAUGGGUGGCUAUGUUGCUUGGCGAGCAGGAACCAAAGAAGAUGGCAGUGACAGCAUUGCCGAGGAGGUGGCGCCAAUGUCGCAUUGGCCUGAAAUGAGAGCGUUGAUACUGGUGGUCAGCGCGGAGAAAAAGGGAGUGCCUUCGACGGCGGGGAUGCAGACCACGGUCGAAACGUCGACUUUGGCACCAGCACGAUUCAAUGAGAUUGUCCCCAAAAGGAUGGCGGAGAUCGAGAAGGCCAUCCAGGAAAAGGACUUUGAGACUUUCGCCCGCAUCACCAUGCAAGACUCGAAUUCGUUCCACGCGAUCUGUCUGGACUCGUGGCCGCCAAUCCACUACUUGAACGAUGUCUCUCGGGCAGCCAUGAGUGCCGUGGAGACGGCGAAUCGAAAGGCAGGCAAGUUGAUUUGCGCGUAUACAUUCGAUGCCGGCCCAAAUGCGGUCAUUUACUAUCUGGCAGAACACACACAUGAAGUCGCUGGGGUGUUCAGAAGUGUUCUACCGAGGUUACCGGGCUGGGAAGGGGAAUUCGCAGAACAGAUUCGACCUAAUGAGUACGGCAGCUUGGAUUCGAAGGCGCUGAUGACUCUGAAAGCGGGCAUCAGUCGUGUCAUCUGUACAGGCGUCGGUGGAGGCCCGGAGAAGAUUGAAAAGCACCUGGUUGAUGAGAGUGGGAAAGUGGUACGCGUUGAGGGAUGA